AAGGAAGUGACCCAUUCUAAUCGUAAAUCCUCAUCUUCCAGAAGCCCACUACCGGUCAGAGCUCCCCAUUUGUUGCGCGUUCACUGCGCGCCAAGGAAAGCCACCCCUUAGAAUGAGCUGCGGGCCCCUUGCCAAUGCCCACCUCGCAAAACCAUUUCUAUACCAUAUUUCUUGGACUUCACUCAUGUUUGCUUGGUAUUUGUAGAGUCUUUCUUUUGGUCUCUCGCUCCUGUGCGCAUAUUUCUCGACAUUCAUUUGCAGAAACAUACAAACAUACAUUGUCCUUCCUUGAUAUAGGCCCCUUGGAUCAACUUUCCUACCACCUGCGUCCAGUGUUUGGGCAGGUGCGAACUUGAGACAAGCACUGUCUAGCCAGCCAACUUUUCCCACUCUCGAUUUAUAUAUACAAUAUCGUCAUAGACUCAACAUUUGGAUAGCUCUUCGUCCGCAAUCAUGAAGACUUUCGGCGUUGCGUCCAUCGCUACAGCUGUGCUGAGCGGUGUUUCUCUUUUUGCAUCUUCAGUCACAGCAGCAGAUCUUCCCUCCAUUGUCAUUAAGGGAUCUCAUUUCUUCUACGAGAACGGGACCGAGUUCUUCAUUCGUGGUAUCGCAUAUCAACAAGAUGUCAACUCAAACACAACCGCUGGGUCGACAUUCACAGAUCCUUUGGCGGAUGAGGCGGGAUGUACACGAGAUGUUCCUAUUCUCCAGUCCCUAGGAACCAAUGUCAUCCGAGUCUACGCCAUCAACGCGUCCCUAGACCACUCUGCGUGUAUGUCUAUGCUACAAGACGCGGGUAUCUACGUUAUUCAAGAUCUUUCCAACCCAUCAUCCUCAAUCAACCGAAACGAACCAGAAUGGAACACCGAACUCUUCGCGGACUAUGCUGCCGUUGUCGACGCCAUGGCCAACUACACCAACGUCUUGGGUUUCUUUGCUGGUAACGAGGUCUCUAACGAUGUCAACAACACCGAAGCCAGUGCUUUCGUCAAGGCUGCAGUUCGAGAUAUGAAGUCGUACAUCAAGACAAAGGGUUACCGAACCAUUGGUGUUGGAUAUGCCACCAACGAUGACGCCAACAUCCGUAUCAAUCUUGCACACUACUUCAACUGUGGUAGCAGUGAUGAGUCCAUCGACUUCUGGGGAUACAACAUCUACUCAUGGUGUGGUGACUCUUCGUACACUGAGUCUGGUUAUGAUCAGAGAACUGCAGAGUUUGCCAACUAUUCCGUCCCUGCUUUCUUCGCUGAAUACGGAUGCAACACCGUUGAGCCCCGCCCAUUCACUGAAGUCCAAGCAAUCUAUGGCGAGAAUAUGACUGGUGUAUGGUCUGGUGGUAUUGUCUACAUGUACUUCCAGGAAGCCAACAACUAUGGUCUUGUCUCUGUCGACGGAACUUCUGUUACUAAAUUGGCUGGCUACACUUCUCUUUCAGCUCAACUCGCCAAGGCCACCGCAAGCUCGACAGCAUCGUCUGCUUACACUGUCACAAACACCGUUGCCCAAGCAUGCCCUGCUACUGGUGCUUCUUGGGCCGCCGCAAGCGCUCUGCCUCCAAUUGCCAAUGCCGACCUUUGCGAGUGCAUGAUGUCCUCGCUCUCUUGCCAAGCCAACACUGGUCUUUCUGGAAACGAGACUGCCACCCUUUUCAGCACUGUAUGCGGUCUUGACAACAGCGCUUGUGCAGGUAUCACUGCAAAUGGAACCACUGGUGUAUAUGGUGCAUAUUCUAUGUGUACAUCAUACCAACAGUUGUCCUUCGCAUUCGACCAGUACUACAAGACCCAAAACAAGGCCUCAACUGCCUGCGACUUCAACGGAAAUGCCAAGGUCAAGUCAAGCUCGACUAGUAGCACCUGCUCCAGCCUUCUCAGCGAAGCCGGAACUGCUGGUACCGGAACCGUCACCAACGCAGCCACCGCAACCGCGACUGGCGGAUCAAGCGGUGCAUCCGGUUCAUCAUCAACCACCAGCAAGAGCGCUUCAGGCGCCGUCAUCGUCCCUCGAUUUGAUAUGGGCCUGUUGCAUCUCGGAGCCUACCUCUUGGCUGCCGGUCUCGCUGGUGUGGGCAUGAUUGUGUUGUAGAUAUACCAUUCUGGACUGGUCUCGCAUUGUAUUAUCUGUAUUUGGCAUCGCUUGGAUGGAGGCAGUUAUGACAUGAUUAAAAACUCAUUAUCUUUUUUGACAGCCCGGCUGUCCGUUCCUUAUGGUUUCCUUUCCAUGCAUUCGAGACGUUUGUUAGAGGACUCGGCCUUAAUUGUAGCAUGACGAAAUUAGAAUGUUGUGAUCAAAAUUAUGAUACUUGGCUUUCUUUCCUCGCCAAUGUAGUGACCUGAGUUGGAUGAAAACAUCAUAAUUUCCAGAUUCAUACACAGUAAAUGCUACCUCUAAAAUGCUCC